AAUCCCCUGGUUAUAGCUAAAUCUCGGCUGUGGGUAAGGGGACACACACGGUUAGCCAAUGGCUGGAGGCAGAGCGGCAGUACAUGGCACUAGCACAGCCUGAGGGCCCCCACACCCCCAGCACAGCGGGCAGGCGGCCUAACUCCCUCCCACCGCCGGGAUCGCGCUUCCUCUUUCCCGGAUCCUCCCAUUUCCAGCGGGAGGGACUGAUGUAGCAGUCCGGGGAUCGCUGCUAGCUCUGCCUGCCCUGUAUGGGCUCCUGUGUGUGGGGAAGCUGCGCAACAUGCCGGCCAAAAGCCGCUACAACCUGGUGGAUGAUGGGCACGACCUGCGGAUCCCGCUGCACAAUGAGGAGGCUUUCCAGCAUGGCAUCAGCUUCGAGGCCAAGUAUAUUGGAAGUUUGGAUGUCCCACGGCCCAACAGCAGAGUCGAGAUUGUGGCGGCUAUGAGACAGAUCCGGUAUGAAUUUAAAGCAAAGAACAUCAAGAAGAAGAAAGUGAACAUCCUGGUUUCAGUUGAUGGUGUGAAAGUCAUAUUAAGGAAGAAGAAGAGAAAAAAAAAUGACUUGGCCUGGGAUGAAAGCAAGAUGCUGGUUAUGCAAGAUCCUAUAUACAGGAUAUUCUAUGUGUCUCAUGACUCCCAGGAUCUGAAGAUAUUUAGUUAUAUUGCAAGGGAUGGGGCCAGUAACAUCUUUCGCUGCAAUGUAUUUAAGUCCAAAAAAAAGAGCCACGCCAUGCGUGUUGUGCGCACCGUGGGGCAAGCCUUUGAGGUUUGUCAUAAGCUGAGUCUGCAGCACACUGAGCAGAAUGGGGAUGGCAGAGAGGAUGCAGAGAGUGACAGAAGCACAGACUCUGAAGGGCAAGUGACGCAAACCGUAGCCAGUGUGGUUCAGGCUGCUGAGGAGACAGAUAUUGAUGCACUUGAUAUUCCUUUGCCUGAGAGGGAGGGGCCAAGGAUUAACCGUGGAGUGACCGAUUUGGACGCUGUACAUAAGGAGGAUGACAGCAGUUUUGAGAACAAGGAGCCAGUCAAACCUGCUUCCCCCAAGAUGCUGCUUCCAUCCAGCAGUGAGCUCCCCCCUGGGUCUCCCCUAUCUGUUCAUCAUCAAAUACAGCUUCUCCAACAGCAGCUUCAGCAGCAGCAACAGCAGACGCAGGUGGCAGUGGCUCAGGUCCAUUUGCUGAAAGACCAGCUGGCUGCCGAGGCUGCUGCAAGACUGGAAUCUCAAGCCAGAGUCCAUCAGUUGCUCCUGCAGAACAAAGACCUGCUGCAGCAUAUCUCCCUACUGGUCAGACAAGUGCAGGAGCUGGAGUAUAAGCUGUCUGGACACAAUGCCAUGGGAUCUCAGGACAGUCUCCUAGAGAUUACGUUCCGUUCCAGCAUUCUGCCGGUGCUUUGUGACCCUUCAACUCCGAAGCCAGAAGAUGUUCCCCCACUGACUGAUCCUGAUUCCUCUUUUCAAGUUUGCAGUCCUUUAGGUAGGACAGACUGCCUGGUGAAGGUGCAGUGUUACCGCUUUCUUCCAGGGGAUAGGGAAGGGUCUGGUGAGCUGCUAGGCAGCCUGGAGCUGUAUAGGUUUAGAGAGUCAGGCAUAGCAUCUGAAUAUGAGUCCAAUACAGAUGAUAGUGAGGAGAGAGAUUCUUGGGUACAGGAUGAGGGAGGAAGACUGGCAAAUGUCUUGCAUAGGGACAUGCUGGGGGACAGCCUGGAGGAUGAGAUUGCAGUGUAAAUAAUGAUGAGAGAGAACUUGUUGAGAGAAGCCAUUUGCUUUGCUUUGUAAUGUUUGUAUUGGGGUGGUAAGCUUUAUUAAUAUUAUUAUUAUCUAUACCUUAUUUGUUUAGUAAAAGGGCAGCCAAAGUAAUUAAAGGAAAACUAUUGCUAAACUACAGGUUGCACUUUUAGGAACUUGUUUUAAUAGAAUCAGGCCCAAAUGACAGUUGCCUCCCAUGGUUCAGAUAAGCUGCUUAUUUAAUUUCAUGUAUUCUAAUGUGUCACUGAUUUACCUGUGGCCAAAGAGGCAGUUGGGUUGCCAACAAUAUAGUGGCACAUGUAGACUGAACAGAAAAAACCUAUGGGUUAUACAUUCAUAUGACACAAAAAGGAGAAAUUUCUCUGUCUCUUCUGAUCAGACCUUCUGCACGUGCGAGUAUUAGGUACCAGAUGGCACCCUUUGCAAUCUAAGGGGUCAACUAGGAUCCAUGAAAAAGACAUCAAUCCCAAAACUUAGCCAAGAGCCCGCACACUCUAAACUAAAAGUUCCCAAACUGGCUCACUAUUUGCGAAAACAGAUCAAGCUCCAUUAUUUACAUUUACAGAUAUAUUUGUGAUUGUUGCCGGCCUGCAUUCUAGCUUUGCUUCCUUUUCUUUAUCCAUGCCCUGUACCACACGAAUGGGCAGCUGCCGGUAUGGAUACGCAGUGGGUUUUUUUAAUUUCACAAACUGAUUGCAGGGCAGUACACAUCUGAUCUGUUUCUGAAAACCAGGACAAUCUUAUGCUUUACUACACUGUCUUAAUAACUUCAGGACAGUCUAAUGUAUUUCUGUAUUAUCUGUCUGUAUAAAGACAGUCUAAUGUGUUUCUAUAUUAUCUGUCUGUAUGAAGACAGUCCAAUGUAUUUCCAUGCUGCCAAUGAUAUCAUCACAGUUGUAUGUGUGCGCACACUGUGUAUGCUGUCAUUACAGCCUAAUGUCACUGUGUUUUAUUGGUAUGUACUGUAUCAGAACAGGCUCAAACAGGGAUGUUUGUUUUGCAGCCCUCCAAUACUUGUAGAACGUUUUCUCCCAGCAUCCUCAGCCAUCUUUGGUUGAUUGGAUGUGGAUGCUGGAAGUUGUAGUUUACAAAAGCGAAUAUUGUUCAGUUUGAUGCCAUUGGUCUCUUGUUUAUUUUUCUUGUACUAUGAUAUCAGUAGGUAAUAAAUUUAUUAGUAGAGGUCUACUAAAUGUUUAGAAAAUGAAGCAUCACAAAAGCAUUGUCUAACACGUGCACUGACUAUGAGGAAAAUGCCUGCCUUUGCAUUUUCCUGCACUUAAACCAGAUUGCCACGAGUAAUAGGUUUUACUUGCUCCGAUCUUAAUGUUAUCCAGUGGAUAGUCUUUUUUAGGAGGUUUGUUGCCCGCUAUAGCGAACAUUUAACUGUGUAUCUAAUCUCCCUGUGUCCCAAGGCACUCAUUUUAGGACAUCUCUCAUUAGGACAGAUUUCUGUAAUGUCAGGGGGUUAAUUUGUAGGAGUGGAAAAGAUUACUUUAUUGAUCUCCCUUAAAUUAUAGACUACAGUAUUGAUUUUCCAUAAAGGACCAAUAUACUGUUAUGUUUACUUUCCCUUUGUACUUGGCUAAUAGAAAUAUUGAAGCAGAUGUAUAAUUAUUUCUCUUUUUUCCCAAGCCUGAAGAUAUUUACUGGCUUAGCUUCCAGGGUUAGUCCUGCCUGUCUUGGCCUGUUUGUUUACAACUACAAGCUUAAUUUUUGUGUAGUUUGUGUGAACAGCAAAAAGAACAUGCCAAGUUUACAUAUUAUAAUUAUCCUUUAUUUAUAAAGUGUCAGUGUAUUCUCCAGUGCAUUACAGAGAUAGUACAUCAUUCACACCCAUCCUUCCCCUGUGGUGCUUACAAUCAAAUAUCUCAUUCAUUCAUGAGGUCAGUUUCAUUAUAAACCAGUUAACCUGCCUGUAUGUUUUUAAAAUGUGGAGGAAGCCCGAGUACAAAGAGGAAGGAAACAUGGGGAGAACUAUACAAAUCAAGAGCAUGCCACUUAGUGCUCAUUUGUGAAGCACUUGCCCCCCUCCCCAGGUCUGCUGUUCCGGGUACUAAACUCUGAAUGAUAAUACAGCACUUACUAACGCAGUCAGUAUUAGGGAAAGGCACCACAGGUCUUGUGCAGAGGCCAGUGGCUAUUUGCACAGUGUAAAGUGGAAAAAAAAUAGCCCUGCAUGGGGCAUGAGCUCUAAUACCUCUACACGGUAAGAUCACACACAGCCAAUUUAAAAAUGCGAAAAGCUGAACUUACAAACACAAAUUCCUUUUGGCACUUUUUACAUCCAUUGUGGAUGCCCCCAUUUAUGAACACACAGGUAAGAAGAGGGGACAUUUGUCCUACAUGCGUCAGUUAAGCCUCUGUAUGUAAGUUCAAUGUAUUAUAUUAAAUAACUAUCUGCUUUUUUAUAUUUAUAUAAAUGGGUGUAAGCUGCCAUUCUGCUUCCCUCCAUUCUGCUUAACUCCCUGUAGUCCUCCAUAACACAGCUCGUGCACGCAACAUGAACAUUUUUCACGAUGAUAUUCAGAAAAGACAUGUUCUUUGCACAUGAUAUGCUUAAGCCCUAUAAUUUACAAAAAUAUAUGACAUAUAGGCCAAAGCCCUACUUAAUAUAUUUCCCUUAAAUACCAAUUGCUAAAGGAACUAUGGACUUUAUUUAUUUAUUUAUUUUUUUAAAUCACUUUAUUUUCUGUUUCUUUAAAUUAAAAUUAAAAAGUCUGUAUUGCCAAAAUACUUAUUUUAAUAUCAUGACUAAAUUUGGUAAAUAGGCUCAGAGUUAACAGAAUAGAUAUUAAUAUACAUAUAUAUAGUGUUAUUAGCUGAGCUGUGGGCCAUUUUUGUACCAGAGUGAUAAUGUGUGUCAUGCUUUGGUCCAAGGGGGUAAUGUAAUAGAAGGUUAAGAGUUUGCUAUAUGUUUAGUCACCUAUAGUAACCACUGAGCAAGCAGUGAGUACUUGUCAGCUGAAGCUAGGGGUCACUACACCUGGGCAAAUUUUGCACCUCUUUUUUUAUAUAAUAAUUACAUUUAGUCCAAAACCAAGUCCUGUUCUGAUAUAUAAAUUAGUGCUGUGUGUCUGAUACCAGGAUAAGGAAAGCAUUCCUGUCAUGUCACAGUAGGCAAGGCAUAUACAUUCUAUAAUUCAGGGCAUUUAUGUUUAUGUCUCUGCUGUCUUUCUGAUUUCUAUUUGUUCUUGUUGCUCCAGUGAUCUUUGUCACCAGCAGGAGAUUCUACGUGUAACUAAAGAUUCGAUGAUGUAUUUUUAAGUAUUAAAUGCUGUUUAGAUAAUACUCAUUGCUGAUUUAUGUUCUGUGUUCAUCUAAUUUAACUUGGGGAACUAUGGCAAAAUAUUGUUAUGUGAUUGUAGGUGGAAGUGCCCUAAUCCCAAUAGCACAGGAUGCUGCAAUACGGCCAAGUAAAGAACCACACAUGACUAUACUGUAAUAACCAGACUAUUAUACAUGCAAAAAGCCUAAAUAUUUUCAAUUGGGGGGUAACAGGAUAAUAGUUGGCAUUUACUUGGCUGUAGUCUGUGUGAUGGUGCUUGCUGUGCUCUAUUGCAGAGAAGGUAUUUGGUCCUUAGAUCAUGUGUUGGUGACUGUAUAGAGCAGUGUUGUCUGUUAAGUGCACUUACCUCUUCUUUGUUAUAAUAAAAAUAAACCUUGUAUAUUUCUACCA